AUGGCGACAAACCAUGUUCGUUCCACGAGUUUGCCUACUGCAACUCAUCCUCUUAUUGCAAGUGCAGUGGAGCAGUUGCAAAGGUUGAAGUCAUCUGAAUUAACUUCCACAUCUUCUCGCUCUAAAAUAUUCCAAAGAUUGGACGGUCUUAGAAAAUUAUACGAAUGCGUUGAUGAUGUCCUCCAUUUGCCAAUCAACCAACAUGUUCUCUCCCUUGAAAAACAUGUCAAAUUACUUGAACAAAUCUCUGAUGUGUCCCUCAAUGUUUUGGAUACUUGUAGCGUCGUUAAAGACGCUUUCUCACAGAUAAAGGGACGUGUUCAACUACUCGAAUCAUCUCUCCGUAGAAAAAGAGGUGGAGAAUCCAGCUUAUCUAAUGAAGUUGAUGCAUACUUGGCAUCCAAUAAGAAACUAAACAAAGUAAUCAGUAAAUAUUUCCAGAGAUCUUUUGAACCACACAGAGAAGAAUUACACAAUAGUGAUAGAAGACUCUGA